AUGAAGGAAGAAGAAGAAGAAGAAGAAGAAGAAGAAGAAGAAGAAGAAGAAGAAGAAGAAGAAGAAGAAGAAGAAGAAGAAGAAGAAGAAGAAGAAGAAGAAGAAGAAGAAGAAGAAGAAGAAGAAGAAGAAGAAGAAGAAGAAGAAGAAGAAGAAGAAGAAGAAGAAGAAGAAGAAGAAGAAGAAGAAGAAGAAGAAGAAGAAGAAGAAGAAGAAGAAGAAGAAGAAGUGAGACCCGACAUCAAAUGA